CGAGAUAGUGGAAGAGCAAAACUAAGGGACUUCAAAACAGAUAAAAGCAUCGCUUCAGUAACUAUUUCUCGGCGCUCUGGCUGCUUGUCUUUCACUGUUGCUUGAAAAAGGCACAACCCAUACUCUCCAAAAAAGAAAAAAAAAGAUUAACCCGUGCAAAAGACUUGCCGUUAUUUCCUUUUUUUUUCAGCUUUUUAAAAAUAAGACCCGCCUACUUCAACCAUGGAUGGACAUGCCUCUUUAAACAACACUACUUCAGGCCUCUGUUUCUCCACCAGGUUUCCUCCCAUAGUCAGACAGAACAAUACCAUCACUUCCUACUUGUUCUCCACCAUCUUCUCCGGCCUCGGCCUCACCUCCAACUUCUUUGCUUUCUGCGUGCUCCUGGGAGCCUACCGGAGAACCCAGAGCCGUUCUCGCUCGUCCUUCCUCAUCUUCCUCUGCGGCCUGGUGGUCACGGAUUUUGCCGGUCUGCUGGUGACAGGCUCCAUUGUCAUCACCUACCAUUACAGUAACUUCAUCUGGAAAGAGGUGGAUCCCAACUGCCACCUUUGCAACUUCAUGGGCUUCUCCAUGGUCUUCUUUGGGCUUUGUCCGUUGCUUUUGGGAGCCGCCAUGGCCAUUGAGCGCUUCAUGGGGAUUAACAGACCCUUCUCCAGAUCCUCCAACAUGUCUAAACGGCGGGCCUUGUGCACCGUGAUUUCUGUCCUGGCAUUUGCUUGCUUCAUCGGGAUCUUGCCCAUCAUGGGCUUGGGCCACUACAAGCUGCAGUUCCCAAUGUCCUGGUGUUUUUUCAGCAUCACACCAGAGCCUGUGGACCAGAUCUUCUCCUUGAUCUUCUCCCUGGUGGGGCUGCUCUCCAUCGUCGUAUCCAUCCUCCUCAACACCGUCAGCGUGGUGACGCUCUUCAAAGUGUGCUGCGAUCGGGAGUCUGUGCAGCGCAGGAGGGACCACGAGGUGGAGAUGAUGGUCCAGCUGUUGGGCAUUAUGAUCAUCGCUUCAGUCUGCUGGUGUCCACUAUUGAUCUUCAUUGCCCAAACGGUAGUGUCAAACGAGUCAACAGUUUCCAACCCAAUAAUGCGGAAGAACCUUCUGAUCUACAUCCGGAUUGUCACCUGGAACCAGAUCCUCGACCCCUGGGUGUACAUCCUGUUUCGGAGAGCUGUCCUGAGGAGGGUGUACCCCAAUCUGGGAAGGACCCGGGCCUCCAUCAUGAGCAUGUACCCCAUGAUGACCACUUCGCUACGGAGAAAGCUGACACGCGUGGAGUCCAUGCAUCCCUGAGGGAGCAGGUCUUAAACAAAGCGCUAUGGACAAGUGUGACGGUGGUCUUACCAAAACGGGCAGAGAUAUUCUGCCACGAGAAAAACGUCCAGCUGAAGCCCCUCGCAACAUCAAAGUGUAACUCUCUUUCACUUCUGUGAAUACGUUCCAUCGAAUUAACAAUAACCACUGUGCAUCAGCACGGGCAUGCAGAACCGGUUGAAAUGAUACUGUGAAGGAGCAUGCCGUAAAUGCAUAAGAAACACUGUGCUAGUGUAUUAUGGGUUACAUAACUGGGUCCUGGUAGAGACAUUUUCGUUAGUUAACUGCAGGAACUGGAGGGGGAAUGCUGAACCACACGUGGGGGAAACCACUUGUGACAGUCAGCUUAAAGUACUGCAGGCAACUGCAUUAGUGGAUAGGAAAUUACCUCCACCAUAUGUGAGUUUGGAUACAUAAGGAUUGCAUCAAUCAAAGAUGUGAAAUUCCCUGAUGUACAGCGGUAAAGGUUUAGGCUAUGGUUUUGUUAGGUUUUUUUUUAUAAUAAAAGCAACAGUGCAGUUCACCAGUGAAUGUGUGAAUUUCCAGGACCUUCAUGUUGUCAGUGGAGUACUAGUAUUAUAUCGCAGUUUUGCAAGCACCUGCAAACGCACUGUUCCAACAUGCUCCAGGCUGUCAACCAUGACAUAGUGCUACUUCUAGCCACAAGUCUUUUUACGGUAUUAUUCUUACCACUGCCGGUUUCAGAGUGUAUCAUGAAAUCAGUGCAUGAUCUUCACUUGCAUGUGUCGCAACUGGGAAAGCAUUAUAAAUAUAAACUGUGUUAUAUUCUGUUUGCACACAGGCUGAUCCAUUCAAAGUUUGAAAAAGGCUGCAAAGGAAACAAAGUGUGCUGUGGACCAGAACAAUCAAAUCUACACAGUCAUGUAACCGCAAUGGUAAAAACCUGCGGGGUGCACUUUUCAAAUGAAGAACAAGAAAAAUCCACCCGGGGCCUUAUUACUGCCUUGCUUCCAAACAGAGUUCUGUGUUGUAAAUACUCUUUGUGGAGACCCGGUGUCCUGACCUUUUCUUCUAGAUGAACAUCUGUUUCUGGUUUGGUGUGUUCUGCAUUCCUUAUAUACAAGGACUGUGCUGAUAUAUAUAUAUAUUAAGAAACGUAUGGCAUUUCUACAUAGAUUGAUCCCAUAUAUCAGGAGUCUCCAACCCUGGUCAUGGAGAGCUAGAGGGUCUUCUAGUUUGUGUUUCAAACGAGCUCUCAGUUACUUAAUUGAACCAAUUAUUAGCUUAAUUAGUCAAGAUUAACAGGUGUUCCAGAUCAUUAACCAUUGAUCAUGUAAAGACACCUAGAAAACCUACAAGAUUGGGGCUCUCCAGGACCAGAGUUGGGGACCCCUGCCAUAUAUACUUAAACACACAAAAUAUAAAGAAAAACAACUACUGGUAUAAUUUGUUAUUAUUAAAGAUCUUUUUUUUUUUUUUUUUUUUUUUUUUUUUUUUUUAACAAAUAAACCCACUUGUAUGAAUAAAACGCAUGUCCUGGAUUCAGUUCCAUGGCUCUUUCAGUAGCUCAGCUACAAAAGAUCUGGUGGUUUCUACUAACAUGGUCAGUACAAACAGCCGAAGAAAUAGUGAACAAAUUAAUACCACCAUCUAAAACUUCUGAUCAAGAUUGUGAGCAUCUGCCUUUGAUCGCACAGCAGAGCUGUCCAAAUGGAACAUCUCUGGCUUCUUCAUAGCACAUGUUUAGAUGGAAAUCUGAAGACUUGUUGGGGUGAUUUGCCUCUGCCUUUUGGUCCCUAGGCGUUUCAUAACACUCAGUUUAUAUUUCAGCCUCCAAGAAGAGUCUGCAUGUAUUGCUAGCUGUUGUACUGUACACAAAGACGCAUUGUGAAACAUUCUCCUAGGAAGUACGUGUCGAGUUACCAGUACUAGCCAUCUGUUAUUUUUCACUAGCAGUUAGAAUCACUGUAUAAAACUGAAACUUAAAAUGAAUGAAUAAAUAAAUACAAUCAUGAAUACAAUGCUGUGGCAGGGAGGAGGAUACAAUGUGGCUGGACCCUUAAUUGAAUGAUUGAUGGUUAAUUAGGUGUUUGAGAAGAUCUGUGUGCUGUGGAGAUUCUGUAUUGGUCAGUGACUUCAGUGUGUCUUUACUAUUGUUUUGUUUAAACUCUUUUUUUUCUGCUGCUUUGUUUAUUUGUGUUCUGUUUGUGUAUUAAAAGAUCAAUUGCGUGCAUAACUGCA